UUUUCCCCCAGAGAGUCAUUGGUCACUUGAGCAGGUUCCCCAGAAACCUGGUCACACACCAAGCCUGCUAGAAUUCAAGAAGCAUUUGGAAGAUGCUCUCAGGCACAUGGGAUGUCUUGCAUAGGAUCAGGAGUUGAAUUCAGUGAUCCUUAGAACUCAGUAUCUGUGACAUGUGGAGAAAGCCCAGCUGGGGUUGCACUAGAGGCAAGGGUUCUUCGCAGCUGCUGUCCCUCAUGGGCUGUGCUCUUAGCUCCUGUGGUGUCCUUAGCAGGACUGAGACCAGAUGCAAGCCCUGGCUGGCCCAGGGGACUCCUCACCCAGGGUAAGUGGCCCAACUGCUUUAAAUGGAAAAGCUGAUUGCUUGUGUGCAAGAAAAGCCAGAUGCUAUUUGUAGACUGAUUUGCUUUCCAUGGGCUGGAGCUGGAACUGCAGAUCUUGCUAAGUGGGGCAGACUCUUCAACGAUGCAAUUGAAGUGUACUGUAUAAGGCUUCCUGGAAGAGAAACUCGUCUUGAGGAGCCUUUUGCAAAAGACAUGACAAGUGCAGUUAAUGAAAUUACAAGUGUUUUGUUAAAAUCAUUGAAAGAAAAACCAUUUGCAUUUUUUGGUCACAGUUUUGGAACUUAUUUGAGUUUUGCCUGUGCACUUCAGCUGAAAGAAAAGUACGGACUGGAGCCAGUCCAUCUUUUCUUGUCAGCAGCACAUACCCCAAAUUCUGCAGCAUAUCUUGCCAUCAAGAGCAUGGUCCUACCUGAUGGAAACAAUGACCUUCUUGCACUGAUGAAUAUUAUAGGAGGAAAUUUUGAAUUUGCACCUGAUGAAGACAGUUGGAAUGAUAUGGUGCUUACUUUCAGAGAAGACAUUAGAAUUCUUCAGACGUCUUCAUUUGAGAAGACAGACAUGAAUACUCCCCUCUCCUGUGAUAUAACCUACUUUUGUGGAUCUGAGGAUAAAAUAUUUGAUACAAAAGGUUGGCAAGAACUAACGAGUGGAGAUACUUCCUUUUAUGAACUUCCUGGAGGUCACCUUUAUCUGCUGAAACCAUCUAAUCAAAGCUUCUUGAUAAAACACAUCACAAAAGCCUUAGAAAAUGCCAAUCAAUGAGUAUUUUCUUCAAUUUUAAUAGCAGGAUGUAUAAGAUUAGUCCACAGCAACUUGUAAUAAGCCACUUCUCUCUCUACAUUGCAUGCAGUUAUGCCUCAAAGUUGUUCUGUUCCUCUGUAAUCCUUUAUAAGGGGAGUUUUCCUGAUUUUUUGAAAACAAACAUUGGCUUUGAGUCUUAAAAAACGUUUCAUCUUUUCCUUCUUCUCUUGCACAUGUACAAACUCUUCACUUUAUUCCAUAAUCUUGUUUGCAACAAAAUUACGUCUAUGUUAUUUUACUGUUAGAGCUUCUCUGUUUGUCUGCUCCUGUCAAAAUGCUAAAUAUAAUUUAAUACCCAAAAAAAUCCAUAAUUCUCACAGAAAGCUUCAUUUAUUCAGUUCAAAUUUAUUUAGAUUAAUAUACAAGUUAAAAAUAGAUUAUAUGUAAAUACCCUUUACAGUCAAACAGCUUAUGCUUAAAAGAUAUUGCUGUCAGACCUCACAAUAAGGAGGUAGUACUGCAUUUUUCUCAACAGUUAGUUCAUUAGCUACUGAAGAGUUAAGUAUUAGUGGGAAUUAUUUUGAAUAUUCUAGAUCCCAUAUUUUUCUACCAUUGCUCUUGCUUUAGAGAUAUAGGCAUUCAUGGCAUCCUCCUUUGAUAAA